AGGAUGGUACCCAUGUAGUGCAAGGAGAAAGAACCAGCUGACGGUCUGUUGAUACCGAUGAUGGUACUCGACAACUGUCAGUUCUUCACGCGCUCUACUAAGGAUAGGAGUAAAUCGGUUAUGCGCUAAAAACGGCGGAGGGUCUUGUGCUGUAAUCGUGCGUUGACACUUGUGCCAAAAUGGAUCAGUUUUAUAGGGGGAGGAGGUUGGGUUUUCCGAAAAGGACUAGUGAACUGAUUGCUCUUAUGGCUCUAUCCACAACAUUGUUUCUAUACAUUCAUACCCGAGAUUUGCAUACCAAACUUAAAGAAAUGGAAGUGAAAAUUCAGCCUGUCAGUAUGGUAUCAGGAAACCAAUUACUCUUAGAUAAUAGUGGUCCAGCGGAAGCUACAGGAGUUAGAGCAACCAUGAAACUACUCGAAAGUACGGGACAAAUGUCCAUGUUACACCCGUCACUGCUAAAUAACACCAGAAAAGCACAAGUCAACACUGUUUUCUUCAACAGAGUGCCAAAAGUUGGAUCACAAACAUUAAUGGAGCUUAUAAGAAGAUUGGGCAUAAGAAAUAAUUUUGGUUUUCAUCAAGAUAUGGUGCAAAGAGUAGAAACUAUUAGACUAUCUCCGGAGGAUCAAGCUAUUUUGGCAGCAUUGGUAUCUAGUUAUGAUCCACCCGGAGUGUACAUCAAGCAUGUUUGUUUUACUAAUGUUUCAAGUUUCGGAUUACCAGAACCAAUUUACAUUAAUUUGGUUCGAGAUCCUGUUGAACGUGUGAUAUCAUGGUACUACUAUGUGCGAGCCCCUUGGUAUUAUGUCGAACGAAAGAUUGCUUUUCCUGAUAUACCACUGCCUGAUCCGAAAUGGUUGAAAAAGGAUUUUGAGGAAUGUGUCUUAUCUGGGGACCGGGAAUGCAGAUACCUAAGAGGAGAAAUAAGGGAAGGUAUUGGUGAUCACAGACGUCAGUCGAUGUUCUUCUGCGGUCACCAUCCUGAUUGCCUACCUUUCAAUACACAAGGAGCCUUAGAACGCGCAAAAAGGGCAGUCGAGAGGAAUUAUGCUGUUGUAGGUGUAUUGGAAGAUUUAAAUACCACUUUAACAGUCUUAGAACAUUACGUCCCUCGAUUUUUCAAAGGAGCUACUGAUGUUUAUUACAAUGAAAUAAGUCGCUACCAUCCCAUCAACAAAAACAACUUCAAGCCACCCGUUAGCGAAGAAAUUAAAGAGUUGGUGAGAAAGAACUUUACGAAAGAAAUCGAAUUUUACGAGUUUUGCAAACAGAGACUACAUAAGCAGUAUUUAGCCCUAAAGCUUCCAGAUGCCGGCACUUAAAUGGUUGUAAUUUUGUGUAAUUUAUUAGUGCUUUAAAGGAAAUGUUGAUCUGAUAUUGUACAUAUUUAUAGCAUUAGAGCACAGUAUAACUGCUGUGAUUAUAGCUUUCUUAGAAAACAAAAAGAAUUGGAAAUACUUUCAACCUUUCUGUUGUUGACUGCGUGAUUUGUGACGUUAUUUAUAGAAGAUAAAAUCAAUUCUAAUAACAGUAAAAUGUUGUUAUUUUCUAUGUUGUACGUUAUUGUUCUAAAUUCAAUAUUCUAUUAGAUUUUAAAAGGUUGUGUUAAUUUUAAACGUUACUGUCCAGUGACGCUGCGUGAGCAAUAAGCAGGAAAUACUAAUAAUAGUUUGGAUUUAAUAGUUUGAAAACUGGAAUAUUUGGGUCACAUUACCAGAGAAGAAAAAUAUGAGUUGAUGAGAAUUAUUAUGCAAGAAGCAUAGGUAGGGCCGCGCCAAGGCUUUCAAGCGCCCCGGGGUAAGAAAUUUUAGGCGCCCCUUUCCUCCUUCAUUUGUAAGUAGUUUUUUGCAACUUAGUGAAUCGGUAUACCGUAUUCGCUCCGUGCGUGACUAUGGUGGGGGUACCUUGAAACGAUGCCAACGUGAGUACCUACUGGCGAAAUAUGACAAUAUUGGAGCUAUCUUUGAAAUGUCAUUGUCAUUGUUUGUAUAAAAAUUUUUGUUAAAAAUGGUACAUAACUGUUGCCAAUUUAUCAUAUGCUUAACGUCACAUUGUGAGAUCCAAAAAUUUCAGAUGAAGGCGCUAGGUGAUGUCGCGUCAGUCAUGCACAAAGUGAAAACCUACAAACUAUUUGUUUCAUGAUCAUUCUCUUUGCCUUUAUCUCUAUGGGGGGUCAGCUUCCCUAUUUGCAUUUCUCCAUAAGUUUUGUCUUGGAUCAUAUCGAUAUUUAUCCCCUUUACCGACAUGUCCUGCCUAAGCCUCUCCCCCCAGGUAUUCUUUUGUGUUCCUCUCUUACUCCUUCCGGGAACCUGCAGUUCAAGCAUUAUUCGUAUUGGGUGACUGACGUCUCGACGUUGAACAUGACUAAACCAUCUUAACCUAUGUUCUCUCAUUUUGACAUCUAUUGGUGUCAACUCUAGACUUCCUCUAAUAUACUCAUUACCAAUAUCAUCCUUCUUUAUCACUCCAAUCAUCCAUCUAAGCAUUCUCAUUUCUGCCACAUGCAUUGGUUAUUCUUCUUUAUUUUUACCUAUCCAACAUUCACUUCCGUACAUCAUAGCUGGUCUUAUAGCUGUUUUAUAGAAUUUUCCCUUCAGCUUCACUGGAAUUUUUCUGUCACGCAACAAACCACUCGCUUCAUUCCACUUCAUCCAUCAUCCAUCCAACAACUCUUAUUCCACUACAUGCAUCUCCAUCUAUUUCCCCAUUACUCUGUAAUACCGAUAGUAGGUAGUUAAACCUAUUACUUUUCAAAAAGACUUGAACCCUUUCCCUCAAGAGCUUGUCUCCACUGUUCCAGUUUUUGUUCUAAGUCGCUUUUACUAUUUCAUACUAACACUACACCAACAGCAUACAUUAAGAACCAGGGAAUGUUACCCUGUAGCUUGGCUGUUAUCUGAUCCAAAACUAAUAAUAAAUAAAGACUUAGCAUUGAGUCUUGGUACACGUGCAAUCCUACUUUCACAUGAAAUUUAUCAGUCUCUUCCACACUUGGCCUAACACUAUUUGUUGCUCCCUCAUACAUAUAUCUCACAAUAUUUACAUAUUCAUCCGGAACUCCUUUGUUGUUGAGUGCCCACCACAGAAUCUUUCUAGGAAUUCUAUCAUCAUAUGCUUUCUAAAAAUCUAUCAUCACAUUAUAGAAUUCUAUAAUAAUAGAUAGAAAUUCUAUCAUCAUAUUAUAAGCGUUUGUUUCUUUAUUCCUGUAUUUUUCCAUCAGCUGCCUUAUAAUUAAAAUUGCAAUCUGGUGUUAAUCUGCCCUGCAUAAACCCAAUUUGAUUAUCGCAUAUUUCGGUUUCUGCACGUAUCCGUCUAUCAAUUACUCUCCCCCAUAUUUUCAUGGUGUGACUAAGUAGUUUUAUGGCUCUGUAGUUUGUACAUUGCUGUAUCUCCCAUGUUUUUGUAAACAGGUACUAAUAUACUGCCUCUCCAUUCGUCUGGAAUUUGUCCAAAGUCCAUAAUUAUAUAAAAUAAACCUGUUAGCCACCUUGUUCCUGUCUCUCGUAUAGCUCUCCACACUUCACCAGAAAUAUCAUCUUUUUCAACCUUUCAUUAUUUUUGAAGUGCUUGACUUCACUUCUUCGUUAUAUACAAAAAACAACGAUUACACUAUCACAGAACAAACAUAUAGUUCAGAUAUAUAGUUCAACAUAUGGAUUCAGACAGUAUAGUUCAGAUAUAUAGUUCAAACAUAUAGUUCAGUUGAGAUAAAUAAGGUUUCGUAAACUUAUGAAAUCAAAGUAAUACUAGCUGCUUUUUUUUAUUUACCUACGGUAAGUUUUCAAUUUUACAAUAAAAUAUUGCUAAUAUUUCUGGUUUGAUUUUACCAGUGGGUAAAAUCCUUCUUGUCCUUAGUCAAUGUCAUUACUUUUAAUUAUUGUCUCUGGUAAUAAAAAAAAUUUUUGGUAAUUUCGGUAUUGUCAAAAAUUUUUCUUCGGCACCUGCCGGCGUCUUUUUUAUACGGCGCCGGGGCGCACCGCCCCCUCUUCGCCCUUAUGGACGGCGCGGCCCUGAGCAUAGAAUCAAAAGAAGAAGAAGCAUAGGAAGAAGACGAAUCUCCUGGCUGAGGAAUCUUAGAUAAUGGUUUAACUGUAGUGCAUUACAACUGUUCAGAGCAGCAGGAAGCAAAGUGACCAUAGCUACUAUGAUAUCCAACCUCCGAUAGGACAUGAAACUUUCAGAAGAAGAAGUUAGAACUAAUAGUUUGGUAUAAUAACUACAAAAACGUGUACAAAUACAACAGUAUCUUCUACAAAAAUAAGCUAAUAAAUUCUUAAACCUGAAACCACAAGUUGGGGUAACUGAGACACUAAUUACAAUGUGGAGUCGCCGGUGACCCAUUCUUAAAAUCGCUUCAAAUUUAACUUGGAAAAAAUUUUACUAUUUCAAUUGAGAUUUUGGAAAACAUAAAAACGAAUGCUGAAUAAAACAAUGAAAGAUAAAUCUAAAGCGUCGUUUAAACACAACGAUAAGUCACAGCAACUAGUUGUGAUGACAAGUUGAAACGCUGUUUAGACGCUGCGAUUCAAUGCGAUACCACCUUCAACCCAACUCCAACUUUGAUAAGUUGUGCGAUGCACCGUUUACACACAAUGAUAAGUUGCAACAACUCGAUUGACCUUGAUAAGUUGUUUGAUUUAUCGCUGUGUUUAAACGACCCUUAAGAUUAAAAUUUACAACGUAAUAGUAGAGAGAUCUUGCACCUCUUAUUUUGCAAUUCCGUUAUUAGUGCAGUCACUGAAGGUGGAUAUGAGCUAUUACCUCCGAUUACGUUGAACCUCCAUCGAUUUGCAUGAAAAUUGGUAAGUGGUUAGAGGAUAUCUCAAGGAACAAAGGUGACAUGCUGCCAACUUGCGCUUUUACCCUGGGGGUGGAUGCCAUCCCUCCUCGGGGGUGAAAAUUAUUUUAUUAAAAAUAACCCCACAAUUCGAUAGAGGGACAAAUUAUAAGCAAAAUUUUUUAUAUAAAUUUAUUAAAAUAAAUCAAUACUUUUUGAGUUAUUAAAGAUCAAAGAUUUUAAUUUUUCGUGAGAAAAAUGUAUGUUUUUAACCGAUUUUUCAUAAAUAACUCAAAAACUAUAAGUUUUUGCAAAAAAGUUAUUAUUAUCAAAAUUGAGGCUAAUAAAAAAUCAAAUAAACUCCUUACUAGAAAAACAUUUCAAUGUUAACUAAAAGUGAAUUAUAGGUAAUUGAAUGUAUAUUUCUUUCGCUGAGUACCCAAAUCUAAGUAUUCAAGCUUAAAUACAGGGAAAAUGGUGCAUUUUAUAACAUAAACUUAUUAAACAUUUGUCAAAGUUCAUAGAAAUAUUUAUCAAAUAAUAUCGAACAUGUUGAUAGCAUUAAAAUUUAUGCACCAAAAAUGUUUCAAAAUGUAUCUUUUAAAAAUUUUUCCAAAAAAUGUUAUUGUUUUUUUUUUGUAAAUAACUCCGUUAAUUCUUAAGAUAUAAGGUUCAUCUAAAAACUAAUUAAAAGUUCAUUCCAAGAGCUAUUUAAAAAAGUCAAAAUUAGUCUUUUAAACCUCUAACUUUUAAAAAAUAAAAGUUUAUAUGGCCCCGGUUACAUAGUUCUCGCAGCAAAAUUGAAAUAUUAAACGUUUCUAUCUCGGUUAUUUUUUACUCUACGGAAAUAGUAAAAUGGAUAAAGUAUUUGGAACAGAAAAAACUAAAAUUUAGUUAUAAAUGAGUUUUUACGUAUAUUGAGUAUUUUUGGACUUAUUAUCAAAAGAAAAUGAAAAGUACGAUAAUUUUAAAAAUUCUGAUUUUUUUAAAUUAUACCUUUUUUUCAAAAAUAUGUAUUCUAAACCGGUCAAAAUUAUUGAAAUCAUUAACUAUGUUAACCUAAAGAAAUUCUUGUGAGUAUUACUACAAAUUUUAAUUUUUGUGGAAAUGGCGUAUGUUUUAUUUUUCACUUUUUGCUAAAAAAAAUCGAAAGGGUUGUCUUAUUUUCAUCAUAACUUGCUUAAUUUUGAUGCUAUUAGCUUCUACUGGAGCUCAUUUGAUAGGUAUUCCGAACUACUUUGACAAGUGUUUAACAAGUAUAUUAUAUAAAAUGCAUGGUUUUCCCGUUAUGUAAGCUUGAAUACUUAGAUUUGAGUACUCGUCGAAAAAAAUAUACAUUCAAUUACCCAUAACUCACUUUGAAAUAACAUUAAUUUAGUUGUUUAAGUGGGGAGUGUAUUAAAUUUUUUAUUACCUUUAAUUUUGGUAAUAAUAUCCUUUUUAAAAAAGGUUAUAGUUUUUGAGUAAUACGUGAAAAACAGCUUUAAAACAUGCAUUUUUUUUUUAAGAAAAAAUAAAAUUUUUGAUAUUAUUUUAAUAACUCAAAAACAAAUUUUGCUUAGAAAAUGCUCAUCUAUCGAUUUCUGGUAUUAUUUUUAAUAAAAAUAUUUCACCCCCGAGAAGGGGUGGCAUCCACUUCCAGGGUAAACGCGCAAGUUGGCAUCAUGUUACCUUUGUUCCUUGAAGUACCUUCUAACUACUCACCAAUUUUCAUGAAAAUCGAUGAAGGUUCAACGAAAUCGGAGGUGAAAACCUUCAGUGACUCCACUAUAUGGUUAUCGUUAUACUACGUCUGCGCAGUAGCGAAUAUAUGAUCCGUUAUCGUUAUUAAACAUAAGGGAUUCCGUAAUUUACGGAGGUUUAAAGUAGUGCUUAUCGUUAUCGUUAUAGUAAUGGUUAAAUUGCUUUGUUGCCAGAAUGUAAAAAAAUCAGUAAAAUUACAUUUACAUAAAUUCUAAUUUUGAUCACCUAUAAAUUAAAAUAUCAGAAACUGUUCAAGUAUAUGCUUAAAAUUACAAUAACGUUGUGAAGUGAGGUUAUGUUUAAAUAACGAUAACGAUGACACGAAAAACCUACUUGACAGGCUGCAAAACUCUGCUUUUUAACGUUGCCGUAAUCGUUAUGCUUAAUAAAGUUAACCAUAGCGGAGCCAAAAUCAGCGGUUAGUUUAAGAGGUGCAAAAUCUCUCUAUUGAAGUAAAAUUCUUUAAAAAUUAUCCAAGAGGUUAUGGAUUUAUCAUACAACUAAUAUUGUUGUCUAUGUAGUAUUAAAGAUUCUUUGUUUUUAACAUAUUAUACAUAUAUAAGCUUUCUUAUUUAAUUUAAACUUCCUUAAGAAUCUAUUGCAAAAUUCAUCAGAGUUAUUUAUUUCUUUACCAGAUUUCUCUCUCUAAUCACAUUAUUUAUAUAAAUUCAUUUUACGUGACUAGCGGUUAUGGCGGAUAAGACAAUUAUGUCGGUAUUUUGAGUAUUUGCGAUCUAGUUGGAUUUGUGGUUACUAUUCUAUGGUCUACCUAAUUAUACAUAUAAAACAAACAGUUUUUUCACUAUAAACUAUUCUAGUGUGAAGAUGAGUUACCAUUCGUGGGAAAGGUAUUUUAAAGAUCUUUACUACACAAUUGUGUAUACAGGGUUGACAUAAAAUUUGGAACUAAGUAAAUACUUAUCUUGAAAAUGAAGAUCGGACUAGGAUAGGAAGAACUACGAUGACCCUCAACGCAUCUCACGCCAUAUUUUUUGUUACCGUUGGCAGAUUUUAAAAUAAAUUGUUAUUCCUCAUUCAUACAUACCAAGUUUGGGAGAAAAUAGUUGUUAAAACGAGAUAUAAAUCAUUUUGAAGUUACAGAAUAGGUUAUUUUAUUUAGGUACGAGACUAAUAUAUAAAAAUACGUGAUUUUAGAUAACCACAGAAAAGACGUAACGGGUUAAGGUCCGGAAAACGAUCAGGACCCCGAUUUUUGACCCUUCGCUUCGCUAUCGAUUAUUCGCUAUCUGCACACUAAACAGAUACGAAGCGAACACGUUCGAUAACGAAGCGAAGGGUCAAAAAUCGAGAUCCAGGCCAUUUUAGAAUCCUCAUAUGUCAAAUCCAUCGCGAAUGCGAUAAAUCUUCUUCUUCUUAUUCUUUUUGUAUAGACGUUACUCUGUCUGUUUUUCAAUGUGCCUCCAGUAAAUUGUCAUUCCAUCUUUUUCGUGGUCUUCCCACUGAUCGUCUUCCUAUUGGGGAACCGCCUCUCGCCGUCCUUACUACUCUAUUUGUUGUCAUUCGGCUUAUGUUGUCGUUCCAUUCUACUCUUCUGCUUUUCAUCCAGUUAUUAAUGUUGACCACCUUGCAUCUCCUUCGUAUAUCUGCACUUCUAGCUCUAUCCCACAUCGUCGUUUUCAUCUCUGCCGUUUCUAGCAUUCUUUUUGUCUUUUCUGUGUAUCAGGUCGUGUUUCUGCCGUAUAUGUCAUUAUUGGUCUGAUGACUGUUUUGUAAAUUCUGCCUUUCACUUUUUUUCCGAUGUUUUUAUUUCCCCAUAUUGUUUCAUUCAGGCAACCUGCGGCUCUGUUUGCUUUAUUCACCUGAUCUUCCACUUCUGUUUCGAACUUUCCGUAGCUACAUAGUGUGAUGCCUAGAUCUUUCAACUCCAUGACUUGUUCUAUUAUUUGAUCUUCCAGCUCUAAUUUACACCUUUUUAGAUCUGCUGUUAUAACCAUGCAUUUUGUCUUUUUUGGGGAAAUUGACAUGUUAAAUUUUCUAGCGGUUAUAUUAAAUUCGUACAGCAUACGUUGUAAAUCAUCUUCACUUUGAGAGAUUAGUAUUGGUCUGCGUAGCAGAUUAUUUUAAGUUGUUUUUCUCCCAUUUGGUAUCCUUUUUUUGUUCUUACUUUUUUAUUAUUUCGUCCAUGAUCAGGUUGAACAACAGAGGACUCAUGGAAUCUCCCUGUCUUAUCCCAUUGCCAGCUUCAAUUGGGUCAGUUAGUUCUUUAUCUACUUUUACUUUUAUUGUGUUGUUCCUGGAGGUACCUCUCUAGCGUACAAUAAAUGGAUAACGUCCUUUAAUUUGACCCUGUCAAAUGUCUUCUUAAGGUCCACGAAACAUAAGUAUGCCGGUUUAUUGUAUUCUAACGAUUUUUCUUUAAUCUGCCUCAUUAUAAAUAUAGCGUCGGUGCAUGAUCUUCCCGACCUAAAACCUUGUUGUUCUUCUGCUAAUGUUAUAAUUUUAUUCAGUUUGUUUGUUAUCACUUUGGUCGUUAAUUUUAGUGUUGUGUUUAAUAAAUUAAUUCCUCUGUAAUUCUCCGGGUCCGAUUUUUCUCCCUUUUUGAACAGAGGUAUUAGAAAGCUUGAUCUCCAUUCUUGUGGUAUUCUGUUUUGUUCUAUUAUUUUUUGGAUUAGUUUUAAUAAUUGUUUGGUCAUGUCUUGUCCUCCAUACUUUAGGAGUUCAUUCGAUAUUCUGUCCUCUCCUGGUGAUUUUCUAUUUUUUAAUUUCCUUAAUGCUUCCGUUACCUCUGCUUCUUCAAUAUUUGUUUCUUUGUUUGUUGUCACUUCAGGUGUUGGUAGUUCGUUAUCGUUAUCUUUAGCAAACAGAGAUCGAAAAUAGUCUGCCCAAGUUUCCUUCUGAAUGUGUUUCGUUUUUAUUAGUUCGUUCAUCUCUUUUCUUUGUCCUCUGAUCAUUCUCCAUAUUUCCUUUUGUGUUCCGUAGAAGUCGUGUUCCAUCUGUUUUGAGAAACUCUCCCAGUGUUCUCUUUUUAUUUGUCUGACUAGAGUGUUAGCUUCGUUUCUAAUUCUUUUAUAGUGGUUGUAUGCCUGUUGUGUUUGUUGUGUUCUGUAUUGUAAAAAGGCUUUCUUCUUUUCUUUGCCUUUUAUCUUCACUUCCUCUCGAAACCAUGGGGUUUUCUUUUUUGAUAUAUUGGUAUUCGUUACUUUCCUCUCUCCAAGUGAUUCUGUUGCUGCGUUAAUUAUGUUACUUUUGAGUUUUUCCCAGCUUUCCUCGAUUUUAUCGCUUUCUAGUAUGUCAUUAUCAGAAAUCUUCUCUGAUAUUCUUUUUCUAUAUAAGUAGGUACUCCGUGGAUUCCGUACUUAGUCCUUCGACUUUGAUUUUUGUUUGUGUUGGUGCCACUCUCUUAGGUUUGAAAAAUUUCAUGGUGAUUCUAAUUUUACAUAAUACUAGGCUGUGGUCACUACCUACAUCUGCUGAGUUGAGGCAUCUUACGUUAAUUAUUUUUGAUGGAUGGAUAUCUCUGUUAGUUACAACAUAAUCUAUUAUAGAUCUUUGUCCACGGGUAUUAUUGAAUGUAUAUUUGUGUUGGUCUUUGUGGUCAAAAAGUGUUGUUUAUUCAAAGUUCGUUAUACGUGCAGAAGUUUAUCAUCAGUUCUCCAUUUUCGUUUUUGACAUUCUCAGUAUGCUUUUGUUUAUUUCCAGGUAUUACUUGGUUGCCUAUUCGAGCGUUAAAAUCCCCCAGUAUUAUCAACUUUUCUCUAACUUGAUCUACUACUUGUUGCAAUUGAUCAUAGAAUAUUUCCUUUGUUGUUUGGGGCUUACUAUUUUCUGGGCCGUAUACUCCGAUGAUGUUCAGGUCUUCUUUCUCCAUUCUAAUUUUUGCUGUGACAAUCCUUUCUGAUACAUAUUGACACUCUUUGAUGUUAUUUUGGUAUCUUUGGUGUAUUAGUAAGGCUACACCCUCUUUGGCCCUGUUUUCUUUUGCUACUCCACUGUAGAUUAGUAUAUAUUCGCCUAAUUUUGACUGGCCUUUUCCUUUCUUUUUGGUCUCCUGUAGAGCGCAUAUAUCUAUUUUUUUUUCUUUUUUAGCUCUUGGGUUAUUUCUUGAUCUCUAGUGUUGAGCGAUCUUAUGUUCCAAGUGCUUAUUCUCAUCUGGAUUUUGGAGGUUUUUCUCGUGUCCUUAUUUCUUGCCGUGGUCGUCUUCGUAUUAUCAAUCCGGUUUCGAGGCUUCACGAUAAAUUGCAUUCAGAAAAUCUCUAACCCGUCGAAUAGUAGUCAGGUAGCUCUCCAUCUCGUUAAAAGCAAAAAUUUUGUAGUAACUGGCCAUUUGUUGAAAUAUUAGUAGAAAUAAUUUGGUUAUUACGUAAAUCUAGGUAAAUACUUGUCACAAGUUAAAUGAGCGUAAAACCAUUUUUGGACAAUUUCCAUCCAAACAUUUAACUUUUUUGGUUGCUGCUCAAUUAAUGUUCCAGUUAAAUGUUGCAUUAAAAAAAUUUCUUCAUCGGAAAACACUAUAAUAUUAGUAUUCAGUUCAUGUUUAUCGUAUCAAGAAGCGUAUAGUACAGUUUGAAAUAGUAGUUAAUUUGUAUACGUACUUCUUUACCUAUGACAAGUUUUGGACAUUCUAGUGGUGAUGAACUUUCCGAUGACACUGCGAUAAUAAUCAGUUGGUGAUAAAUCUGUCUUUGGUACUCAUUGAUUACCAAAAUUUCAAGUUUCUUAAUGUUCCCUUCUAAUCUUCUUUCUAAAUCAUUUUCAUUUUUGUUCAUUUUCACAUCCUUUGGUCAAUUUUUUUGGGAAAUAAAUUUUGUGGUAUUUUUCAUCUGACUUUCUAUUAAGUUUCUUUGUUAAAUCUCCAAGACUGCUUCGUCUCCAGGCUAAAAUUCGAAUGCCUCCCGGUCUUUCCCAUUGAUGAUGAAAAGUUUCUUUAAUUGAUCUUGAAGGACCUUUCUGGUAGCACCCAAAUGUUACUUGCCUAGCCAUUCAGAGACUUCUUCCUUUUCAUACAUUACCUCUAUGAUCUGUGUAUACUGGUAAUAUUUAUUCUUAUUUAUGAUUCCGAAGAGCAGCUCUCUUGCCAUUUCUGUGGUGGUCUUUCCAGGAGCCUUCUUCCGUUUGUUUUCCCCUUGAAGUUUGUCAUACUUUUUAUUCGUUAAAUAUUUCUUUAGCUUCCCCUAAAAAGGUGUUUUCUACUCUUCAGUUCAUAUCUCCCAUAAGAAUUAUCUUGUCCAGCUCAUCUUGUAGUUGUUUGCAAAAUACUUCGAAUUCUUCUAUUGGCUGAGUGGCAUCAGGUGCGUAAGUGACUAUAAGAUCCAGUAAUAUUUCAUUUUCUAUUUUAAGUGUUAAAAUAAAUAUUCUGUCGUAAACUAUAAUCAACGGUAAAAUAGGAAAUACAUCUACAUAAUUUUGUGUAGAUAAAGAACUCAAAUAAUAAUGUCCUCUAUAUCAAACACUAUGCACUAUUACAAACAAAAUGCUAUGAUAUUAUUAUACCGUUUGAAUACAAUGAUUACAGCAUUUUACUGUUUACUAUUGAUUUUAAUAUCUAUUAGGCUAUAUUAUAAUAUGUUGCUUUUUACCAUCACAAAAAUGUAGACUUAACCAAAAUCACAGGAGUAACUAAUAUCACCCAUUGACCAAACGCAAAAUAUUGCUUGUGUUGGAGUUUUGAUAGUUGAAGUAGGCAUACAUAUAUGUAUGUGUUUGAUGUUUUGCCAUAGAAUAAAAAAUAAUUUAUUGUUAUUAUAUAUAAUGUUACUCCUAAACUAUAUAGCUAUAAUAAUCAUGUAGACUAAAAAAUCACCUUUUGUAACUAAUAAAUUGAUGACUGUGACUGAAAUAAAGUAGAAUAGAAUUUGA